UCCACAGAACGAUAUGGCUGGUUUCCCUACACAUAUCGUGCUCCUCUUUCUCCUCAGCCAGCGCUCAGUGUUGGAAGCCUCAGGAGUAUUGAAGGAACUAGUCUGCGCCCAGGGUGAAUCUGUGACUUUUCAUCUGAAUUUCACAGUGAAGCCGAUUGACAGUAUUGUCUGGACGUUCAACUCAAUCACUCUUGUCACCAUACAGCCAACUGUGGGAGACGGCAAUGACACUGUCAUAGUGUCUCAAAGUCGUAACAGGGAAAGGAUGUACAUCCCAAGUGGAGGCUACUUCCUGAGUCUCAACAAACUCAUGAAGAAUGACUCAGGUGUCUACCGUGCGGAGAUACAUAGCUCAUCAUGCCAGUUUCCCAUCACCCAAGAGUAUGGGCUGCGUGUCUAUGAGUACCUGUCAAAGCCCACGGUCACCAUGGCUCUGCAGAGCAAUAAGAAUGGCACCUGCGUGACCAAUUUGACAUGUUCCAUGGAACAAGGAGGGGAAGACGUGACCUAUAGCUGGAAGGUCCUGGAACAGGCAGCCAACGUAUCCCAUAAUGGCUCCAUCCUCCCCAUAUCCUGGACAUUGGGAGAGGUGGACAUGACCUUCAUCUGCAUAGCCAGAAACCCUAUCAGCUUCAAUUCCUCCAGACCCAUCUUUGUCCGGAAGCUCUGUGAAGAGCCCAAGGAAAAGAAGAGAAUGGAUUCUCACCAGGAAAUUCCUAACUUCUGCCCACAUUCUGGAGAGAAUGCAGAAUAUGUCACAAUCUCCUACCCUGAUAAAACUAGCCCAGAGGAAGAUCCAGCAAAUAUGUUGUAUUCUACUGUGCAGAUACCAAGAAAGGUGGAGAAUCCCCCCUCACUGCCUGGGACACCAGACACAGCAAGGCGAUUUAACAAUGAGAAUGUCAUCUAGACAGCAG